CAUUCAGUGCUAGAUGAACAGCCUGUGUGAUCCACGAUCCUCAUAGACGCACUGAAGGGAUUUGCGCUUAUUGUUUGGAAUUUCUUUUAAUAAAGAAAGAAAGAAAGAAAGAGAGAAAGAGAGAGAGAGAGAAAAACGCACUUUGCUUUCGAAUGACAGCAAACAGUAAGAGUGUGUGUCCCCAGACAGAGAGACAGGGUCGGUGUGUGUGUGCGUGUGUGUGUGAGUGUGGUGUGCUCACCGCGACUACCUGCACACAGAUUUGGAUUAGGACUAAUGAACUGGGGUUGAAUUAUCUCCCAGGGCUGUUGACCAGACGCCUCGUUGUCUCGCUGUGGGAAUUCUUUUUUUUUUUCUAUCUUUUUUUCUUCCCCCCCUUCCUUUUCGGAUUUGAACGAUGCCCGUCCGGAGAUCUUCUGUCGCUUUUCCCAAAUGCUCACUUCUGGUGUCGCUGAGGAUUUUGCUUCUUGUGCUUCACGCAGGGUCUCCGGUCUACAGCCAGGGGGAUUCUCAGUCCGACAACAAAGUGAUGGACAACAUCACUGUCCGACAAGGAGAGACGGUCUUCCUCAGGUGCGAACAGGGAGACGUUGUGACACACACAGCAUGGCUGAACCGCUCCAGUAUACUUUAUGCCGGAGAAGACAAAUGGUCAGUUGAUCCCAGAGUGAGUCUGGUGACCCUUAACCAGGAGGAGUUUACCAUUAAGAUUGAAAAUGUGGACAUGACGGAUGAAGGACAGUAUGUGUGCGCAGUCCAGACAAGCAGUCGGCCGAGAACAACCUCAGUGCAUGUUCUUGUCCAAGUGCCUCCAAAAAUCAUCAACUUUUCAAGGGACAUUGUGGUGAACGAGGGAUCUAACGUCACCCUGAUGUGUCAGGCCAGCGGUAAACCGGAGCCGUCCAUCAGCUGGAAAUUGAUCUCCAAUUCAGGGGACCUGGCUUCAGACGAUGAGCUGCUGGAAAUCUCAUCCAUCUCCAGACAGAGAGCCGGGGUUUACGAAUGCACGGCCGUCAAUGAUAUCGACACGGACGUUCAGACUGUAGACAUCACUGUCAACUACGCUCCGAGCGUGUCAGAGGGCAGAGAUGCUGGAGUGACUCCGGGUCAGAGAGGAGUGCUGGAGUGUGAGGCCGACGCAGUGCCAGAGGCAGAUUUCGAGUGGUAUAAAGACAACAGAAGGAUCUUUAACGGCUUUGAUGGCAUGGAGAUCAUCAACACGGGAUCCCUGUCAAAGCUGACCUUUUAUAACGUGUCUGAUGGUGAUUAUGGGAACUACACAUGUGUUGCCAUCAACAAACUAGGCAGUUCAAACACAAACUUCCUUUUGUAUGUGGUAAUUGAACCCACUAGCUCGACACUACUGCAAGGACCGAGAGCAGUUCAGGACGGCAGUGGCGGUGCGAAGACGGCACACUUUCACACCUGUCUCCUCUUCAUAGCAUUUUUCCCCUUCCUGCUACUCUUUUGAAGAGAAUUGGAUUUGAAAACAACUGGUUUGUUUGCAAGUGUGUGCGUGUGAGUGAGCGCGUGUGCGUGCGUGCGUGUGUGUGCGUGUGUGUGUGUGUGUGUGUGUGCGCGCUUUUUUUUUUUCUCCCACUGAAACAUAAACUGAUGCACAAUGAAGUAUCUUGUAAAGCACUGAUUUUGACCUUCUUAAGUUUUGGUUGUCUUUCUUUCCUCUUUCAACUGAAGACUUUCAAAAUUUUUUACUAAAUUAUA